CAUAAACAACCAAUCAAUCAAAGUAUCAAAAUCAAGUUUAAGAAAAAAAAACGAGAGAGAAAGAAAAUGUCAGACAACAAGCAAAACCUAAGCUACCAAGCCGGUCAAGCCACUGGCCAGACUAAGGAGAAGGCAAGUGGGGUGAUGGACAAGGCCAAAGAUGCUGCUGCUUCAGCUCAAGACUCCAUGCAACAGACUGGACAACAGAUGAAGCAGAAGGUACAAGGAGCUGCUGACGUGGUCAAGGACAAAACCGGCAUGAACAAGAACACCUAAUAACUUUCAAUUUCCUUUCUAGUCAAUUCCUCUCCUGGAGUUAUUUAAUAAAUUUGAGGGGGAUGGGUUUGAAUCUCGUUCCUGUGUUCUUCUGAUGUUAUUUCCCUUUCUGUAUGUUUUAUGUAACCUUCUCAAUAUAGUCAAUAAAAUA